AUGGAACCAGCACAACCAGUAACACCACCAAAAGAUGGAGAACAACCCGCACAACCACAACGCGUUGCACCAAAGCCAUACAGAUUGAUUGUUGACGAAAACACGGGAGAAGAUAUGUCAGUUGUCUACAUGAACCCCAAUCGAAUGGCCGAGUUAAACUUCUUUGAAGGCGACUCAAUACUCUUGAAAGGGAAAAGAAGGAACGAAACUGUGUGCUUAGUUUUACCGGACGAAGAGUUGGAGGCCGGUAAGAUCCGUAUGCACAAGAUCAUCCGAUAUAAUUUGCGUGUGAAAUUGGGGGAUGUCGUAGGGGUCCACUCGAUCGACAACGUCCCAUACGCGACGAAGAUCCACGUGUUGCCCAUUGAUGACACCGUUGAAGGAAUAACUGGAGAUUUGUUUGAAACUUUCAUUCGUCCAUACUUUGGGGAUGCGUUUAGACCCGUUAAGAAGGGAGAUCACUUCUUGUGUCACGGCGGUAUGCGCACUGUUGAAUUUAAAAUAGUUGAUGUCGACCCAGCGCCUUAUGCGUUGGUUGUGAAUGACACCGUCAUCCACUGUGAAGGAGAUCCCGUUAAAAGAGAAGAUGAAGAGAGACCUGACGAUAUUGGGUAUGACGACAUCGGAGGGUGCAGAAGACAAUUGGGACAAAUUCGAGAGAUGGUGGAGUUGCCGUUGAGACACCCACAACUAUUCCAGGCGAUUGGAAUUAAACCACCAAAAGGCGUGUUGUUGUAUGGACCACCGGGAUGUGGGAAGACUAUGAUUGCGAGAGCCGUAGCGAAUGAGACGGGCGUCUUCUUGGUAUUAAUUAAUGGACCAGAAAUUAUGAGUAAAAUGGCUGGUGAGUCUGAAGGGAACUUAAGAGAAGCAUUUGCGGAGGCUGAAAAGAACGCGCCUGCUUUGAUAUUCAUUGAUGAAAUUGAUUCUAUUGCACCGAAGAGAGACAAAGCACAAGGCGAAGUCGAAAAGAGAGUUGUGGCACAGUUACUCACUCUGAUGGAUGGCAUGAAAAGUCGCGCUAAUGUAGUUGUGAUGGCUGCGACUAACAGACCAAAUUCGAUUGAUACUGCGUUGAGAAGAUUUGGGAGAUUUGAUAGAGAAAUUGAUAUUGGAGUCCCUGAUGAGACGGGCCGCCUUGAAAUCCUCAAUAUCCACACGAAGAAGAUGAAAAUAGCUGAGGACGUUGAUUUGGUCCAAAUUGCGAAAGAAACCCAUGGACACGUUGGUGCUGAUAUUGCACAACUAUGUAAUGAAGCUGCUAUGUUGUGCAUCAGAGAGAAGAUGGCGUUAGUUGAUGUAGAAGCCGACACAAUCCCCGUCGAUGUUUUGAACUCAAUGAAAGUGACAAUGGAUCAUUUCAGAAAGGUGUUGAAGACAUCCACACCAUCAGCGUUGAGAGAAACUGUCAUAGAAACACCAAACAUCAAGUGGGAAGAUGUUGGAGGUCUUGAGGAUGUUAAGAGGGAGCUUAAAGAAGUCGUCCAAUAUCCCGUCGAGUUCCCCGACAAGUUUAGAAAGUUUGGUAUGGAGCCAUCAAAGGGGGUUUUGUUCUUUGGUCCACCUGGUUGUGGUAAAACACUUCUUGCGAAGGCAGUUGCUUCACAGUGUCAAGCGAACUUUAUUUCAAUUAAAGGGCCUGAAUUAUUGACUAUGUGGUUUGGAGAGUCUGAAGGGAAUGUCAGAGAAGUAUUUGAUAAAGCAAGACAAGCUGCGCCAUGCGUCUUGUUCUUUGAUGAGUUGGAUUCUAUUGGUAAAGCAAGAGGUGGGGGAGCUGGUGACGUUGGAGGAUCAGCGGAUAGAAUUUUGAAUCAGCUUUUAACUGAAAUGGACGGUGUUGGAAAGAAGAAACAAGUCUUUAUUAUCGGUGCGACUAACAGACCAGAUAUUCUCGAUCCGGCUUUGAUGAGACCAGGUAGGCUCGACCAAUUGUUGUUUAUUCCAUUGCCAGAUAGAGACUCAAGACUUUCGAUUUUGAAGGCAAAGUUACGAAAAACACCCGUCGACCCAGAUGUCUCACUCGAAUGGAUUGCCGAUCAUACUGAAAAUUUCUCUGGAGCUGAUUUGGCUGAAAUUGUCCAGAGAGCAACUAAGGAGGCGAUUAGAGACAAUAUUACUCAAAGAAUAGCAGCAGAACAAAAAGGAAUGGAGGUUGAAAUCAAGGCAAUGAUUAUGAAAAAACACUUUGCUGCUGCUUUGAGAGAUGCAAGAAGAUCCGUCUCAGAUGUGGAAAUUCAAAGAUAUAAUAU